AUGAGAGAGAUGGAGGCACUGGAGAAGAAAAGCCACAGCUCCUUGGCCAAAGCCAAACCACUCAAGCCCUCCUACAACUACAAUGCCCCAUCCAGGCACAAGCGUUCCAAGAGUGAUUUGGAGGAGAAAAAUGCCAACGAUGCGCUGCAUUCUUCGCAGAAAGCGUCUCAUAAUCAGCCAAAGUUGAAUGGCAGAAACUCAAACUCUCAUCUGCAGAGCGAAACCAACAAGGGAAUCCAGCCCAAGACUGACACGCAAGACUCACUCAGAAAAGAGAUUGUGCAGCUGGAGAGGCACCUUGACGAUCAGCAAACGGUGCGCGGCGCACUGGAGAAAGCGUUGGGUCCCAACCCUGCUCCGCUCACUCUGUCCAAUGAGAGCCCAAUCCUCCAGCCCACUAACCAGCUGAUAAGGGAGGUUGCCACAUUGGAACUGGAGAUCAAGCACCUGGAGCAGUACCUCCUAACACUGUACAGGAAGGCAUUUGAGCAAGCGCCCACGGUGCCAUCCUCACUUGUCGUCCGUCAGGAGGAGCCGGCGCCGCCAAAGCCGUCAGUGAGCUCACGGUCUGCGCAGAUGGAGGAAACGCCCAAGCCAAAGGCCACCGCCGGAAGAGGUGGCGAUGCGAUGCUCCAUUACAGCUGCCCUCCCCUUAGCAAGAGGAGGAAUGGCACGAUGAUGGAGGACUGCUCUCCGUCCACAUGCCCAACCAAGGCCAUGGACUCUGAUCAUGGCCUGCGCAGCCAGUCCGCGCUGUCGUUCCGCGGCGUGUGCUCGUCGAGGAUAUCGCCGUCGGAGGAGAGCCUGGCGAGAGCUCUUCGCUCCUGCCACUCUCAACCUUUCUCCUUCUUGGAGGAAGGAGAGGCUGCUACUACAUCAGGAGUGGUAAGCCUGGCUGACUAUCUGGGGACUAAUGUGGCUGACCACAUCCCUGAAACUCCAAACAACCUUUCUGAGGAGAUGGUGAGGUGCAUGGCAGGGGUGUACUGCAAGCUCGCAGAUCCACCUCUGGUUCACCACCGUGCAUCGUCGUCGCCGACGUCGUCGCUCUCAUCGACGACGAGUGUGGUCUCCCCACAGUACCUUGGGGACAUGUGGAGCCCCAAUUGCAGGAGAGAAGCCACUCUGGACUCGCGGCUGAUCAACCCGUUCCACGUCGAGGGGCUCAAGGAGUUCAGUGGACCGUACAACACAAUGGUUGAGGUCCCGUCGAUUUCCCGCGACCGCCCGAGGCUUAGAGAAGUCGAAGAUUUGCUCCAAACUUACAAGUUAAUUCUUCAUCGGUUGGAGAGCGUCGACCUCCGGAGGAUGGCGAACGAGGAGAAGCUCGCCUUCUGGAUCAACAUACACAACGCAUUGUUGAUGCAUGCUUACCUCAAGCAUGGCAUCCCGCAGAACCAUCUGAAGAAGACAUCACUUCUUGUCAAGGCCGAGUGCAAGAUCGCCGGGCGCAGCAUCAACGCGGCGGCCAUCCAGGGGCUGGUCCUCGGAUGCAGCACCCACUGUCCUGGACAGUGGCUGAGGACUUUGCUGCAGCCAAGGAUGAAAAGCAGAGGGAGCAAAGCAGGGGGGCAAUGGCAAGCCUUUGCCAUCCAUCGGUCCGAGCCUCUCCUGCGCUUCGCGCUUUGCUCCGGGAGCCACUCCGAUCCCGCGGUGAGGGUGUACACGCCGAAGCGGCUGUUCCAGCAGCUCGAGGCGGCCAAGGAGGAGUACAUCCGCGCCACGGUGGGGGUCCGCCCGCCGGACCAUCAGCACCGCCGCGGCAGGGUGCUGCUUCCCAAGCUGGUGGAGGCCUACGCCAGGGACGUCGGCCUCUCGCCGGAGCGGCUCCUCGACGCGGCGCAGCGGUGCCUGCCGGAGAGUGUGCGGGCAGCGGUGCAGCGGUGCCGGCCGCAGCAGCAGCAGCAUCAGGGGACGACGGCGAGCAAGGCGGUGGUGGAAUGGGCGCCGCACAGGCAGAGCUUCCGGUACCUGCUCGCCAGGGACCUCGCGUUCCCGCACCUCAGCUGA